CUUUGGCAUUUAAGCUUCAAAAAUUCAAAAAUAUUGCAAAAAUACCACAAAAUUAUCAUUUAUUACUUUACAAAAAAUCCCGUGAUGAAAAACAUCACAUUCAUUCUAAAACUUUUGAAACAAUGUAACAGUUAAUACUUAAUUAAUCAGAAAUGGAUGACUUCAGUAGUUUUGAGAAAGUAAUCGUUCGUGAGCUGUCGUGUCGCCUGUGUUUGUGUAAUGAGGUGUCGAAGUUGAAGCCGCUCAGUGCUGAGCUGAAACGGAAGAUCAAACGACUGUUUGAUAUUACUGUGCGGGCAGACGACUAUCUACCUAAAGCGAUAUGUCAUGACUGUUUGAAACAAGUAGUCGCUAUGCACCUGUACUCUAUCAAAGUUAACAAAACCCAGAAGUACUUGGACUUCCACAAACAGAGAAGAGACGACAGAGCUCGAAUCUCCGUCACAGUACCAAUAUUGAACGAAACGCCACCCAAAGAAGCUCGAUUAAAAAAAUCACCCAGAGAAACUAAACCGAUAAACAAUGACCAAGGAGACACAAGGUCAGUAAAGCCUGUGGUAUCCAAGAAAGUUACUCCAAAUGAAAUGAAAUUUCUGGAGUCACUGACAAUGGAAGAGUUUGCAAACACUGAGAAACUCGACCAAUGUAUUCUAUCCAGUCCCGGCAGUUCGAACGAUGGCUCACCAAAGAAAAUAACUACAAAUAAUAAUAAUAAUAAAAUAGAAAAAAAGAGAAGCAAAACACCAUCGCCGGACGAAACUACGAAAAUAGACGUUUUAGAUCCAACAGUCCUUAUAAACGGUAGGCCAGCGCGACAUGGGGCGGACUUAGACAAACAGAUAACACUCUUCUACAACAUGGAAUGCUGUAUUUGCCACGAAAGGGCCUUCCAUUUCAAAUCUCUAAUGAAGCAUUACAAGGAGCGACACGGCGUCCCCGGCUACCUGACGUGCUGCAACAAGAAGUUCCAUUACUUCUACCCUAAGAGGAUAAUAGAACACAUGGCUUUCCAUCUUCAGGCCAAUAUCUUCAUGUGCAGAAGCUGCCACCACAACUUCCAGUCGUCGUCUGAGCUGCACGAGCACGUGUCCAACGGCGGCCGGUCCUCGGGCAAGGUGCUGUGUCCGCGGUGCACCGACCGCUACCCCACUUACCGCGAGCUGGGCGCCCAUCUCGUCACUCAUCGCACUGAGAAGAUACAGUGCGAUUAUUGUGCUAAGAUUUUAAAGAACCACCAUCGCAAAAAAACUGUGAACAAAAUGGAAAAUUUACGUUUAUGUAAUCAUUGCAUUCGGACGUUGAGGACAAUAGAAAAACAGGAAAAGGAUGCUAAAGAGAAGCUUAAAGUGAAGAAAAGUGACCCUACUCAGAAUCAGACGCCCAAGUUCAAAAAAGCACUUCAGUUCAGUGACGAAGAACUAUCUACUGAAGAAACUGAUUAAAAACAUAUUAAUAUGCUUUUAAAAGGAUAUACACUCCCAUUUUGGUUCCUGAAAACUGUCUGUAUAAAUAGUAACAAUAAACCGUAAAUUUUCGACA